AUGUCUACAAUUAACCGAAGUCCUGUGGUGGUAUACGUGUUAUUCGUACUGUUGGAUUGUUACUGGGAAGCGGUGUCCGGGCAGCUCUCCUACUCCAUAUCUGAAGAGGUGAAUCCGGGGACUUCUGUUGGAAAUUUAGCCAAGGAUCUAAAUCUCGGUGUCCAUGAGCUGGAGUCUCGUAUGUUUCAGCUCGUUAAUGGAUCAAAGAGGAAAUAUUUCGAGGUAAAUCUCAAGACUGGAGUUCUCUUUGUCAGUGACAGAAUAGACAGAGAGGAGCUCUGUGCAAAGGCAGCGAAAUGCACAGUGAGCGUAGAGGCUGUGAUAAAUGCUCCCUUGAAGCUUUAUCGUUUAGAAAUAAAUAUUUUAGACGUUAACGAUAAUGAUCCAUCUUUCAGUAGUAAUUCGCAGAAUAUUGAAAUUGCCGAGAGCACAUUACCUGGUACUAAGUUUCUUGUGUUGUCGGCGUACGAUGCUGAUGUAGGAAAAAAUGGUAUCAGCACGUACAAAUUAAAUCAGAAUGAAUAUUUUUCUUUAGCGGUGCACAAAGGAGAGAGUGUGUCUGCUGAACUAGUCCUCCAGAAACCUUUAGACCGAGAAAAACAGCCUGUAAUAAAACUCACGUUGACUGCUGUAGAUGGAGGAACACCUCCGAAAUCUGGAACAUCACAGUUAAUAAUCAAUGUCUUAGAUGUUAAUGACAAUGUACCAAUAUUUACCAAACCAUUAUAUAAAACAAGCGUUGCUGAAAAUGCACCGCUCGGUACAUCAGUAAUAACAGUGACUGCAGCGGACGAUGAUGAAGGGCCUAACGGGGAGAUUUCAUAUUCACUGAGCAGCAAAGAUCAAGAUCAUGUUUUAAAUUUAUUUCAAAUUGAUGAGCACACUGGAUUAUUGACAGUUAAAGGAAAAAUUGAUUAUGAGGAGCACCCGGCUUUUGAAAUCCGCGUGCAAGCUGGUGACAAAGGCUUCCCCCCAAUGACUGCACAGUGCAAAGUCCUAAUAGAAGUAGUGGAUUUAAACGACAAUACUCCUGAAAUAUCCGUCACAACGCUGACGAACACUGUGAAAGAGGAUGCAAAAAUAGGUACUGCGAUUGCACUUGUGUCAGUCCUGGACAGAGAUGGGGGUAAGAAUGGAAUAGUGCAUUGUGAUAUUAAAGAUGGGAGCCCAUUUAAAUUGGAAACAAAUUAUAAAAACUAUUACUCUUUGGUAGUAAACGGGGAGCUAGACAGAGAGAGCGAUUCAUAUUAUAAUGUCACUAUUACAGCUAAAGAUGACGGAAUCCCAGCUCUAACAAGCACCAGGGAUCUGACCGUUUAUAUUUCCGAUGUUAAUGACAACUCUCCUAGUUUUUCAGAAACCUUGUUAAACGUGUAUGUUAAAGAGAACAGUCCAGUUGGACAUGUUAUAAAAAGAGUAUCUGCACUUGAUGCAGACACUGCUGAAAAUGCACAAGUGAGCUAUUCAAUUGCAGAGAGUAACAGUCACGUAUUGCCACUCUCUACAAUGAUAAACAUCAACUCAGACACAGGAGAAAUUAUCAGCCUGCAGUCGUUUAACUAUGAGGAGUUAAAAACGUUCCAGUUCAAAGUUCAGGCCACAGACUCUGGUGUUCCUCCACUCAGCAGCAACGUCACUGUGAACGUUUUGAUUCUAGAUGAAAAUGAUAAUAAUCCAACAAUUCUCGCUCCCUAUUCUGAGCAUGGCUCUGUUAACAGUGAGAGCAUCCCCUAUUCUGCUGAAGCAGGAUACUUUGUGGCAAAGAUCAGGGCUGUAGACGCAGACUCUGGAUACAAUGCGCUGCUCUCUUAUCACCUGUCUGAACUCAAAGGAAACAACCUGUUCAGGAUCGGAACCAGCACCGGAAUGAUGCCUUCACCGUGUAGCAAAUGCUCUGUCUGGAUAUAUUUAAUGGUGCUGAUACUGAAAUGUUGCUGGGAUGAAGCGUCUGGGCAGCUCUCUUAUUCCGUCUCAGAGGAGGUAAACUCGGGAACAUUUGUGGGAAACAUCGCUAAGGAUUUACACUUGAACGUACAUGAUUUGGAGUCCCGCAUGUUCAGGAUUGUUGCUGGAUCAAAGAGAAAAUAUUUCGAGGUAAAUACGAAGACUGGCGUUCUCUACGUGAAUGAGAGAAUAGACAGAGAGGAGCUCUGCGCGAAAGCUGCGAAAUGUACUGUCAAUGUCGAGGCUGUGAUAAACGAACCUUUAAAGCUGUACCGUAUAGAAAUUAAUAUUCUUGAUGUCAACGAUAAUUUUCCGUAUUUCAUUGCAAAAUCGCAAAGUAUAGACAUUGCAGAAAGCACAUUGCCCGGGAUUAAAUUCCCCCUGCUGCAAGCCUAUGAUGCAGAUGUCGGAAAGAACGGCAUAAACACAUACAAGCUCAGCUCAAAUGAACAUUUCUCAUUAGCAAUAAGCAAGUCAGGGGAGAGUAUUUCUACUGAGUUAGUGUUGCAGAAAGCGUUAGACAGAGAAAAGGAGCCUCUGAUUACGCUUACUUUGACAGCCUUAGAUGAUGGAAGUCCGCCGAAGUCUGGAACCUCAGAAAUUAUAAUUAAUGUUUUGGAUAAUAAUGAUAAUACACCAGUGUUUGCAAAGUCGUUGUACAAAGCUCGUGUAUUUGAAAAUGUGCAAAUUGGUACAACUCUGUUGACUUUAAAUGCCACAGACGCAGACGAAGGACCAAACAAAGAAAUAAUAUACACACUUAGCACAAAAGAGCAGGACCAUAUACUGCAGAUUUUUAAAAUCGAUCCAAACACUGGCACGCUGACAGUUGAAGGAAAUGUAGAUUUUGAGGAACACUCCGCGUUUGAGAUUCGUGCACAAGCCAGUGACAAAGGCUAUCCUCCAAUGUCUGCUCAUUGUAAAGUGCUGGUAGAAGUGUUGGAUCUAAAUGACAACGCUCCUGAGAUUACUGUGACGUCGUUACUGAGCACAGUGAAGGAGGAUGCUAAAGUAGGUACAGCUAUUGCACUUGUCUCUGUGUUGGACAAAGAUGGGGGCAAGAAUGGUGAAGUUCACUGUGCCAUAGCUAACAGUGCUCCCUUUAAAUUGGAAACAAACUAUAAAAACUACUAUUCACUGGUAGUUGAUGGUCCUCUAGACCGAGAGAGCAUCUCUAGUUAUAAUGUUACAAUAACAGCAAGUGAUGGAGGCAACCCCUCCCUCUCCAGCACCAGUAUUAUUACUAUUCACGUUUCUGAUGUCAAUGACAACGCACCUCGCUUCUCAUCGCCAGACAUUAAUAUUUAUGUAAAUGAGAACAGCAAAGUAGGCGAAGUUCUUAAAGCAGUAACCGCACAAGAUGCUGAUAUUGAUCAAAAUGGCCAGGUGAGUUAUUCAUUGAUCCAUAGUAACAGUAACUCACUGCCACUUUCUACAAUGGUGAAUAUCAACACAGAGACUGGAGAUAUAAUCAGUCUGCAGUCUUUUAACUACGAAGAAUUGAAAACAUUUCAGUUCAAAGUUCAGGCCACAGACUCUGGUGUUCCUCCGCUCAGCAGCAAUGUGACUGUCAACGUUUUAAUUCUAGAUGAAAAUGAUAAUAAUCCAACAAUUCUCGCUCCCUAUUCUGAGCACGAAGAAGCAAUCAAGAUUCUUAAGUUUUAG